AUGUCAUAUUUGACCAAUAACAGCAACAUCCUUGUGUGCUAUCUUUGGGUCAAACUAGCAAACCGCUUCUUUAAGCGUGAUCUGCAAAUUGCUUCAAUCCAUGCCAAACAUUCAUCAAAAUCUCUACAUGCAAAGAACAGUGUUCAAAAAGUGAUAAAACACCUUCUUCUGUCGCCUGGAGAUUUCGUUGAAGUAGGUGUAGAAUUUGAUAUUGUUGUAAAAUGUGGUGCCUCCGGACAAAAAACGGUGAAAGUUUUCCCAACCUUCACUCAUAUUAUCCAAUUACAAGAGAGCGUUGCAGCAAGGUCAUCCAAUAACCAACCAAAGAAAUGUAGCGCUCACAAUGCGACUAUGUCUAUGAAACGUACCAAAGUUAGACAAACUCUUGACAUUGCCACACAUUUGCCGAAUGUAGAAACUGAUAUCAAGAAUACCAAUGACAACAACACAAAUGUCCCUUUCCCAACAGAUGUUUCCUUGCCCGCUUUAGACCAUGCUUGUACUUUGGACAAAGGCAAAGGCAUUGACAGGGGUCACAAGAAACCCUCUCAAACUUUACCACCUUCUGACAUCACUUUACAGAAGGCAACAACAUCAAUUAUGCCUGCUGCAGAUGUUUCCAAAACACCCGAUAAGUCUCACCAACUCCUCCUCCAACUGCCAAAGACUAAAAUGCUGGCUUUGCAACCAAAACACUCAUCAAUGGAAGUGGCAAUCUGUGCGUCUUCAAUAGGGGCUGCUAUGCCCCAGCCAAUCUUGAAUGCUAUUGAUAUAUCAGAAAUUGCUCACUAUACUGAGGACUUUCAAAUUCGAAUCCAUCGCUUCGUCAAUUUUGCCAGCAAUGCAGUCAAUAUCUACUCCAUUUCCAAAUUACCAAGGCACUUCACUUGGGGCCCAGAACGCGCUAUUGUAGGCCACAUUUUGAAAGUAUGGUUUACUUACGACAAUGAACCGGAUAGGAAAGCUACUGUUGGUGUAGUUCCCCUCUCAUCAGAGACAGCAGACAAAGUCACAACAAUGUUAUUCAAUCUUUCUGCGAUGGACAAUCUUGUUGACAAAGGACUAGAAGACAUCAAAGCAAUAAAAUGGCAAAGUAAACUUGUCAGAGGACAAAAUUUGCCCGUCAGAGAUCUUGUCCUGAUGGAAGUCAACAUUGUACAUUAUAAAAUAAAGACAGAUGAAAGACAGAAGGCUCUCAACCGCUGGGUGGUGUAUUGGACCCACCUUGAAUUCAUGAGACUAUCUUUACUCUAUUGUAGCAACACCACACAAGAGAACACGGAAGAGGACGAAAGUGUUAUCCCAGAAUUUGUUUUGUAA